AUGCGCCCGGAGGAUCUUGGAAUUCCUGAGGAUUACGACGAUGGCAAAGACGUGAAAGCUGAGUUUGUUGACGAAAUGACCCCUGAGGAAAACCCUAACUUUGACCAAGACUUCGACUGCGAAGUGGAAAUGUAUGAGGAGAACUUAGCCAGUGAUGACGAUAAAACCGAUGACGAAAGCAUUAGUCAAAAGACUGAUGAAUACGUCUUAAGGCUUGAGAAGGAUUUUGAAAAGUCUCGCAUGAUAGAACUGAAAGAGAAAAUAAAAUCCCUGAUAGAAGGCAGAGAAAAGAUGAAACGAGCCACACGAGACUUGGAACGACUACUCGAAGAGAAGGAGAUCAAUUUGAUGCCUGCCGAAAUGAACAGACUAAGAGAAGAAAUAGCGGCAAAGACGGAAGACACCGAAAAGCUACGAAAGGAGAACGAGGAUAAAGACUCUACUAUAAUCAUCCUGGAGAACACGGUCGUAGUUCUCGACAUGGAGAAGGAGACCUUGCACCGGGAUUUGAGUAAAAUGGAAGAUGACAGAAAUCUGACAAAAGUCCAGCUGAGCAAGCACGAGGAGGAGUUACAGAGACUCCGAGAAGAGAAUCGGAGGAAACAGAAGAACAUCGAAGUUCUUCAGAAGGAAAAUGAGCUGAGGAACCUGAAGAUUAACGACUUAGAAGAUGAAAUAGAAGAAUUCAAGAUUGAGAAACAGAGGGCUGAUGAAAAUCUGCAACAACUGCAUCAAUGUAAAGCAGAAUUAGCCGAGAGAAAUGAGGAGGUAAAAGAGCUCAAAGAACAGAGUGUCCAGAAGGACACAGAAAUCCUGAGACUGGGAGGUGAAUGCUCCCAGAUGCAAGAAGAGAUUAUCUUUCUCUUAAAAAUGGUUAAAAGUGUUGCCGCAAAAAAGGGAAAAGGAAAGGAGCUGAAUGAGAUGACGAGGAGGAAAGUCCAACUCGAAUUCGAACUUGCCGAGAUGAAGGAGGAACAGGAGAAGAUUGAGUUUGAAAAGAUGGAGGCAAUCGUGGAAAUUGAAAGUCUUCAAGAAGAGAAUGUUGCGAAGGAUCACAAGAUCAGAUCCUUAGAAGAGGAAUUCAGAUUUCUUAAAAUGAUGCCGAACGAACAGCCUGAAUUAGAAAGGACAGGAGAGAAGGUAAAGUUUCUCGAUAAACCACGAUGUCUAAGGAGGCCUCAGGUCAAUUGUAAAGCUCUCUACCGACGGCUGGACAGCAUCGAGGAAGGAAUUAAUCAGGUCAGGGCAAUGGAACAGCCUUCAGCUGGCAACAAAACAGAUCCGAAAGCCCUCAAGAAGACUCCACCUUCAAGGAAUGAAAAUAAUCAGCCAACAAUGAGCAGGGACGAAUUACAUCAAAAGAUGAGGCUGAAAUCUGCAGCAAACCUCCAAAGACUGGAGCGAGAUGCUGCAAUGGUAAAAAACCUUUACCAAAGAAAAUCAAUUCAGGCUGGUCACUUAAGGACUCUGCACACUUUUAGGAUGACAAGGAAUGGGGUCAUGUGA